AUGGUAGGCGAGAAUCCGCUCACGUCGAACGAUUGCAUGGAGCGGUUGCACGACUGCACGUCUUCAGAAGAAAUAGCUGUGCGCUCUAGCAUAAUGCAGGACGCUAAAGAGACGAAGAAUAAUACUUACAUUCAUGAGGUUGACGAUGAUGACGAGCCGUUCUACGAUGCUGAAGAUGCCUUCUCAUCUCACAAAGCAUCGUAUGAGCGCAUUCUGCCAACAACGGAUGGCAGAGACUCUGCUGACUCUUUGCCGGUCAACUGCUACCACCGAAGGGGUGCCGCUAGUUGCACCAGUGAGGAAUUCUUCGAGGUCUCUUCGGUGAUACCUACUGUUCAUCGGGAGAAAAGCUUCAGCUGUGGUAGUCUGAUGGAUGAUGGAAUAUCGGAUCUGCAUUUUGGACGACCAAUCGGCUCAGCUCUUGAGCUCCGGUUUUGUAGUCGAUUGACCUACAGUCUAGCGGAUGAUCAGGUUGAAGAACAGGAAUGCUCUAGGGGAACGUUCAGAGAGAAAAUGGUGUUGGAUUUGAAACAAGGAAGCCACUGCAUAACUCCUCUCUGGUUAAAAGGCAGAAAAACCGUGCGUGAUUCAUCGAUUCCUACAUGGAGAGGGUUCAGGAAGGGGAUGUUCGCAAGAUCUACCCAAAAUACUAUUUGCCGGCCGAAAACAGUGGAACAGCGUCAACUGAGCGCCUGUAAGUUUUUUGAAUAUUUUUUCAUGUUUUCAUCCUAG